AUGCUGCUAAACGGCCUCGGUGACGAGUCGGGCAGCGACGAUGGCACGAAUGGGUUCGAGAUACUGACAUUCCUCCAUCGUGUUCGCCAUGUAGGACUCUCAAUACUCUCCAUCCACGUUGGGGUUGCCAUCUCUGCGACGGACGCCACUGCCAUCUACAACUACCCCCUGGGAUCAAAUGCCAAUUACACCUUUGCCUUGAACAUACCGGAUGGAUCCAAUGACCUGUACUUCCAUCUCUCCGGCCCGGCGAGCUACAGCUGGGUGGGAGUGGGAACGGGUGCUAGGAUGGAGAAUUCGAUGAUGAUCGUGGCCUAUUCGAGCGCAGAUGGGAAGAAUGUGACUGUGAGCCCUCGACUCUCCUCCGGGGAAAGCGAGCCGGUGUAUUCCACUUCCAUCGAUGUCACCCUGCUUGACGGGACCGGCCUUGCCAACAACACCAUGACGGUCAACGGCCGAUGCAAUAACUGCACGAGCUGGAAGACGGGCUCGCUGGACGUACAGUCCUCCUCUCAGCCGUGGAACUUUGCCCUGGGUCCUUCGGGCAGUAGUGUUCGAAUGCUGCGCAGUGACUCCAAGACGGCGAGCAUCGAGAGACAUUCCAAAUAUGGCGUCUUCAACGUGGACAUGGUCCACGCCACAGGUGGAUCAGGCAGCCUGCCAUCUUCCUACACAACAUCCCAGGGCACCCAAUCCGAGACCUUCAAAUCCGACAGCAACUGGCCCAGCAUCAUUCACGCAGUCGCAGCCUGUAUCGCAAUCAUCUUCCUGUUCCCCUUUGGAGCGAUCCUCCUCCGCGUGUAUCCAAAGAGCGUCCGAUGGCACUGGGUCAACCAGACCCUCUCAAGCUGCAUCGCCAUCGUCAGUCUCGUUAUCGGAUUCUACCUCAGCACCCAAUUCACCAAGUCCCAGUCAUGGGGCUCCACCCACCAAAUCAUCGGCAUCAUCAUCCUGCUCGCCAUCAUCGUACAAUGGGCCAUGGGUUUCUGGCACCACCUCCAGUAUAAGAAGACUCAGUCCGCGACCAAGUUCGGCGUCGUGCAUCGUUAUUUCGGAUUCAUCGUCAUUUUCCUCGCCAUUAUCAAUGGUGGUAUCGGAAUGAGCUGGUCUUAUGCGUCGACGGGGGCGAUCGUGGGUUACUCUGUUCUCGUCGCCGUUGUCAGCGCAGUGUUCAUUGGUCUUUUGGGCUGGGCGAGACUGGGCUCUCGUCGUGGUGCAAAGGGUUUUGAUCGACAGUCGGAGGAGGAGUUGAGUGAUUAUCGGACCUUGGGGGAUGAUCUGAAUUCGGAUAUGGAUAGGGCUACGGCGUGGCGAUAG